ACAAAAAAAAAAAAAAAAAAAAAAGCAAGGGGCCCAUAGUGCCUGCAUCGAUCACCUGGAAUUCAAUGAUUAUAGAAAAGGACUGGAAGUCAUAUUACACAAUACGUUUCCCGUUUCGAGAUCUUUCUCUCAUUACCGUAUAUCGGAGUCAACAUUUCCCUUUCACAAACAUUUAACAGUGUGGUUCCAUAAGAUUCAAAAGAAAUCAAAAUCAAAAGCUGAAGUCAACUAACAUUUUAAAACCAAUUGACUUUAUUUGGCCUCUCCCCACUACCUUUCAGCAGACUUGUAAAUCCAUAUUCAUAGACAGAUUUUAACGAGUUAUCUUUAAAUCUUCUUUCCCUGAUUUAGGGAGACAGACCAUACAUUCAAUGUUAUAAAAGCAUUGUCUGCUUCACCAGAUAAUCAUCCUAACGAAAUCUCAUCAAAAUUCAUCAUUCCGAAGAAUUUAAGAAAAAAAAAAAAUAAAUAAAAAAAGCUGCAUUCCCCUAUUGGGCUCAAUGUACGGACCUGUAGCAGUGUCUAUUUAAAAGCGUUACUUUUUCAUCGUCUUCCCUAUUCCGCUUCCAUUUUGAACGUUACCGGAUUAAACUGACUUUUUAAAGGGAAGAAAAUAAACAGAAAAGAAACUGUCGGGAUGUUAACUCAAGUACACACACUUGAUUUUAUACAUAAAUAGUAAAUUUCGUGUAAUACUUGAAAUACGAAAAAUUUGAUACUGGUACUACAUUGUAAGAGCCUCUUGUUGAAGGGUUUUGGAAAGAAAAGAAGGAAGUGUCAGAUGAUUUAUCAAAUAGUGUCGAGUUUACGAGCGGUCUUAAUUUUGUUUUGUAUACAAUCAUGAACAUCCUGUUUGGGUCAUACAGCUAAGUAAUUGUUAGAUAUAUCAUGUAAAGUUACUCAUAAGACAGUUCAUUUAGCUUUCCUCUCUAGAUACGAACACGGGUCUAUUGUCAAAAUGUUCCAUCCUAUUUUCGCCUUGGUCCUUGUCUUCUCAUUUUUCACCAUAUCAAGCGGACAACCUCUGCCAUCUGGUCGCCAAGCGACGGUUGAAGAAGCCCGGAUGGAACAGAGAAUACUUGCAAACAUCAGGCCACUUAUAAAGCAACUCGGUACGUGUGAAGCUCCCACUGACCAACCAUGCGACAACCUUUCACAGGAAAUCCGGGAUCUGACCAAACGAAUCUUAGUGAUCGAGAAAUCACUUUCCCGACAAAUCAAGUUGGCAGAUUGCAUCGCUUCGUUCGAAAAUAUUGAAAUGAACCCGAAGGUGCAUGUGAUUGGUGGUCGAUGCUACUUGUUUGGAGUGGAAUAUUUGAAUUGGACAUCAGCACAGGCCAAGUGUAGAUCAGCUGGGGCGAACCUUGUGACGGACCCAAGCGAGGAAUUCCUGUACUUUUUGAAAUGGAUUCCUGGACGAUAUGGUUUAUACUUUUGGAUUGGAGCCAGGAAUACGGGAGGAAUUUUGAAAUGGAUUACUAGUGAUGAAGUUGUCAAGGAGAAUGAUAGCAGGUGGGGAGAUGACGAUCCGGACGUAGACGGUCCAAACCAGUGUGUUCUUGUCCAACAGGGCGCCACAAAAAUGUAUGAUUACGACUGUGAUAAGCUCUUUAGAUUUAGGCCUAUUUGUCAAUUGUGAAUCAAACGUUUUACUUAAUUUAAUCGUAAUCUGUACUCAGUGCGGCGACAGAAAUGUGAUAGAGAUUCCAAACCCACAACCCAUAUAUAUGUAUGCAUAUACAAUAUAUAUAGACCAUGGUUGAGAAUUUGUGCCUAGUGCCUGUGCCAAGUGAAUUGUUGUCCAUUAGAGAAGAUACCAUGGUGUAACUAUUACAGUGAUUUAGCUGUGGAGACUGAUGUGUUUUCAGGUACACCAGAUACCUGCUUUUAUUGCAUUUUGGACAGUGAAAUAGAGAAAU